AUGAGGUUCCUGCACUUAUAUUCUUUAUGCCUGGCGCUGGGGAUCGGACAGAUCUUAGCAAAGACCCAGCCUGCAAUUAGCUUGACGGCCCGAAACACAACGCAAUUACAAGAUAUUGUCACUUGGGAUGAGAACUCUAUUCUAGUUCAUGGAGAACGAGUUCUUUUGCUUUCUGGCGAAUUCCAUCCAUUCCGGCUACCAUCUCCAGAUCUGUGGCUCGAUAUUUUCCAGAAGGUGCGAGCUCUAGGGUUUUCAGCCGUCUCUUUUUAUCUUGACUGGGCUCUCCUCGAAGGCGAACCAGGCCACAUUCGUAUAGAUGGUGUUUUCAAGCUGGAUAAGUUCUUUAGCUCCGCAGAGGAAGCUGGGAUCUACCUGAUCGCUCGUCCUGGUCCGUAUAUCAAUGCCGAGGUAUCUGGGGGUGGUUUCCCAGGCUGGCUGCAGCGAGUCGACGGUCCCUUGAGAGGGACCAAUCCGGGCUUUUUGGAAGCCAUCACGCCUUAUAUUUCAGCUGUAGGCAAGAUUAUCGCACGUGCGCAAAUCACCAACGGUGGUCCAGUCAUUUUGUUGCAGCCUGAGAACGAAUAUACGUACUGCGUGAACGAACCUGGCUACCUCCAGAUGAACAACAUGACAGUUACGUCGCUUGAUACAUCUUGUCUGGAAAAGGAAUAUAUGCAAUAUGUGGAGGAGCAGUAUCGAAAGGCAGGGAUCGUGGUCCCUUUCAUCGUUAACGACGCAUUUCCAGCGGGCGAUUUUGCGCCGGGAACAGGGGUUGGCGAGGUGGAUAUUUACAGCUUUGACUUCUACCCACUGGGUUGGAAUACUGCACCGCUGGAUCCGUCAAAUUGGUCCACGUUGAACGACCCCCGUCCGUACUAUAACUACACAGUGCACGAGAAUCAAAGCCCGGAUACCCCAUUUUCGAUUUCAGAAUAUCAGGGUGGUUCCCCCGAUGCCUGGGGCGGGGUUGGUGUGGAUUCUACUGCCGCGCACAUUGGGCCCGAGUUUGGACGUAUAUUCUACAAGAUUAACUACGGAUACCGUGCUGCAAUUCACAAUCUUUACAUGAUCUUUGGAGGUACAAACUGGGGUAACCUGGGUCAUCCUGGAGGGUACACGUCUUACGAUGUGGGAGCGGCAAUCAAGGAAGAUCGACAAGUCACCCGCGAGAAAUACAGCGAGCUGAAACUGCAAGCUGCUUUCCUGCAAGCUUCACCUGCCUAUCUUCUCUCUUCUCCUCAUAAUGGAAGCUAUGGCACGUACACUGAUGUCGAUACUUUGUCGACCACUCGACUUUCCACCAAUCACACGAACUUCUUCAUCGUGCGCCAUGGAAAUUUAAGCUCGGAGGAAAGUACCUCGUACAAACUUCGAAUUCCGACAUCUCGUGGAAAUCUCACGAUUCCUCAGUUGGGCGGCUCUCUUAGCCUGAAUGGUCGCGAUUCAAAAAUUCACGUUGCUGAUUACGAUGUGGGAGGAAUCAACUUGGUCUACUCCACUGCCGAGGUGUUCUCUUGGAAGAAGAGUGGCUCAAAAUCUGUCCUUGUGUUAUACGGUGGGUUCAACGAGACACAUGAACUUGCCGUUCCUACAGCCUUAGGAUUGCCAUCCAAGUGCGAGGAAGGCGGACUUAAUGUCAAGCGUGUGUCCUCUGUUGGAACCAUUAUACAAUGGUCUGUGGAGUCCACUCGGCGUGUGGUCCAUUUCAAUGACAGAUUAGAGAUUCAUUUGCUAUCUCGAAAUGACGCUUUCAAUUACUGGGUUCUCGACUUGAAACGCCCCGCUCCUCUCAACAGAUACGCAUCCUCUGAGCGAUCCAACAACUCCGUCAUUGUGAAGGCCGGGUAUCUUCUUCGAACUGCCGAUGUCGCUCAUAGCGUUCUGCAGCUCAAAGGAGACAUCAAUGCCACCACUGAAAUUGAACUCAUUGCAGGACCUCCAUCAAUAUUUUCAAUCUACUUCAACGGGAAGAAAGUACCGACUACUGUCUCCAAUGGUCGUCUCAGUGGAAACGUCACCUACACGAAAACUGAUCUCAAGCUCCCUGAUCUAGCUUCCUGCAAGUGGCACUCCUUAGACUCUUUGCCGGAGAUCACUCCUGGUUAUGACGAUAGCAAAUGGAUAACAUGCAACCAUACUCGAUCUGUCAAUCCACGCAACAUCACGACGCCUACUUCCCUAUACGCUAGUGACUACGGAUUCAAUGGGGGUUCCCUCCUCUAUCGCGGCUCAUUUGUUGCAAAUGGCUCGGAAGAGUCUCUCUAUUUACUCACCGAAGCGGGAUAUGCAUAUGCACACGGAGUCUGGAUCAACUCCACUUACCUUGGCUCUUGGGAAGGAAGUGCUGCGGACAUGUUUUACAAUCAAACAUUCUCUUUAGGAGAACUCCAGUCUGGAGAAACCUAUUUGAUCACCGUGCUCAUCGAUCAUAUGGGUAAUGACGAGAAUUUUCCAGCUAAUAAACCCAUCAUGAAGGACCCGAGGGGCAUCCUUGACUUUGACCUGCAUGGUCGGAGCAAGGAGUCUGUUUCCUGGAAGAUAGCGGGCAAUAUUGGAGGAGAACACUACAGCGAUGUCAGUCGCGGUCCUCUUAAUGAAGGAAGCAUAUAUGCUGAGCGGCAAGGAUACCAUCUCCCGGGUACACCUAUCAGCAAGUGGGAAGUCAGAUCUCCGUUGAAUGAGACUUCUGAACCGGGCGUGAAAUUCUAUGCCACAUCCUUCGACCUGAGUAUACCGUUGGGAUAUGAUGUUCCGAUCAGUGUUGUGUUCACCAAUACUACGUCCAACGACUCAUCCCCAGCCUCGUUCCGCUCUGAAAUGUUUAUCAAUGGAUGGCAGUUUGGCAAAUACGUUAAUAAUGUCGGCCCACAAGUGCGAUACCCCGUUCCUGAAGGAAUCCUCAACUACAACGGAACCAACUACUUCGCCUUAACUAUCUGGUCUACGAGCUCGAGCGCAUUCUCAUUGGCCGGUCUGCAGCUUCAAGCGGAUGCGGUCAUACAAAGCGGGUAUCAAAAGCCCAGUUUGGUUCAAGGGCAGCGGUAUGCCAAGCGGUUGAAUGCCUACUAG